UGAGAAAUGUUAAGUCCGUCUUGCAUGCAAUAUGCCGGGCGGUUGCUAAUUUUACCAAAAUUGUUAAUUCUACGUUAAUAUUGAGGCGUGAUAAUUACAGAUUUUAUUAAUUUGUAAUGGCGGGAAUUAAAUCCUUGGCGGUUCGGGGCAUACGAAGUUUCGGUCCAGAAGAAGCAGAUGAACAACGGAUAUUGUUUGAUAAACCCCUUACUCUUAUUUUGGGCCAAAAUGGUUGUGGUAAAACUACGAUUAUUGAAUGUGUACGUUAUGCCAUCACCGGUAAUAUGCCACCAGGCAGCCGCAAUGAAUGCUUCGUGCAUGAUCCUAAAGUAAACAGGUCUACCGAAGUUCUCGCUCAAGUGAAACUGAAGAUUAUUAAUGCAAAAGAUGAACAACUGGAAGUGUCAAGAUCCAUGAAGGUUACAGCACUGCAGAAGAAAAAAACCAAAUUCCAGACAUUAGACUCCUUUCUUUCUAUUAUUGAUGUGAAUGGCAAAACUAAAGAUAUCUCAUCAAGAUGUGCAGAUUUGGACUUUGUCAUGUAUGAACAGUUAGGUGUGUCAAAAGCGAUCCUGAAUUCAGUGAUAUUUUGUCAUCAAGAAGAUUCCAGCUGGCCACUUGAUGAAGGCAAGAAAGUAAAAGAACGAUUUGAUGAAAUAUUUGAUGCAGACAAGUACAGUGAUUGUUUUGAUCGGUUGAGGAAAAUAAGAAAAGACUACACUAUUAUCUUAAAACUACUUGAGCAAGAAGUAUCUAUAUUGACAGAGAAAAAAGAGGAUCUAGACAAGAAAAAACUGGAGGUAGUCAAUGGCGAAUCUGAAAUUUCCGAGGCUGAACUGAAACUAGCUGAGUUAACAACUGAACUGAAGGCAAUAACUGAUAAAAUAAAGGCUAUAUCUCAGUUAGAGAGAAAUAUACUCACAUUUGAAACUGAAAAAGAGAAAAUAAAAACAAAGCUGGAGCAUUGUCAGAGUCAAGAAGAAGAACUGAAAACAGAAAUAAAAAAUAUUUUUGAAGGAACCACUGCGGAGCUGGAGGAAGCAAUAAACAACUAUGUAACAACAGCUAUACAGAAGAAGAAAGAACUGGAAGCAUCUUACAAGAAGAACACUACAUUUAAUAAAGAGGAGGAGAAGAUUGCAAAUGAAAAAACCUCUAAUGAAAUAAAACUAAACAAGUUGCUUUUACUUGAAAGCCAGAACCAAGAAAAAAUUGAUAAGAGAAAGACAAUGAUUGUAGAAGUGGCUAAAGUGGCAGAAAUUGAGGAUGUCAAUGAAAUCACCACUGAUGAAGAAGCUGAUAAGGGUAUAAAACUGAUUACUGAUAAAAUUACUAAUCUCAAAAAUGAUCUUAACGAGCAAAAGUCUGCAGCUGAUGCUGAAGAGCAAAGGAUGCAAGAAGCUAUAGACGCGUGUAGAGUGGCUCAUUCGCGACAUCAAGAGAAAAUAAGUAGCAAAAAAACAGAAAUAAACAAGAAUAAGAAAGAAAUAGUCAAAUUGGAUAAGUCUAUCAACGAUGCGAAUGAAUCAAAAGUGAAAUUGGAAGCAAUGGAGAAGAAAAGUGAAGAUGCUGAGGAGGAAUUAAAAAAAGCGCAGAGUGAAAUGAGUCCAGAAGAGUGCCAGCAAGAGAUCAAUGAUGAUGAGAAGGCUGUAGAGACACACGAGAAUGAGCUGGUUGAACUUGACGAAAAGAUAGUGAAACUUCAAAAACACAAUGAUAAAAUAAAAGAGCGAGAAUUGAUAGAAAAUUCUUUGAAAGAGAAAGAGAAGAAAUUUGCAGUAUUGAAGAACAAACAUAAGACUGCUCUAACAGAGUUGUUGGGUAGUAUGCCUGAAUCUGGCUUUGCAAUUUCUGUCAAUAAGUUAGAAUGUGACAUACGCAAUGAAGUUGACUCCAUGAAGCAGAAAAUGAAGGAGAAACAAUUGGAGCAAAAAAGUCUGGAGACCGAACGUAAACAUGUGCGGGAAUCUCUCAACGAGAAACGCAGUGAAUUGACCAAGGCUGAAGACAAAAUGUAUCAAGCUUGUGGCACGCAGACAUACGAGUCUACCCUCGCUAAACUGACGUCCACUGUGGAAUCACUCCAGGAUGAACAAAAUGUAUUGCAAUCUUCUAUGUUCAUCUUCGCCAAAUAUAAGACACAGCUGAAAGACAACAGCUGCUGCCCCCUGUGCAGUCGAGGGUUCGACAAUGAUUCAGAGGUAACGGAUUUAAUCUCUCAGUUGACCACUCAAGUGAUGAAUGUACCUUCAAAAUUAGAGAAAGUCACGGAAGAGCUGCAAAGAAAUUCAGCCAAGAAAGAUGAACUGCUUAGUAUGAAGUCUGUCAAUGAGAAGAUAACUUCGCUGAAGGAGAAAGAGAUACCAAAUCUCGAAACUCGACUUAAGGAUAUUGAAGCAAAAAUAUCAAUAUUAUCAAACUCUGUCGACGAGUUAUCUAUGACUGUAAUCGAACCUGAGCAAAAGUUGCAAACUGCUAAGCAGAUCCAGGGUGAUAUGCCGAUGCUAGAUCGCUACACAAAGGAGAUCAAAACUGAUACUGAAAAAUAUGAAAAACUAAAGGAACAGUGUGCUGAACUGGAGUCGGACAUGAGUCUGGACGACGCCAACGCCAAGAGAACGGACCUGAGAACUAAGAUCAGUGCACUGCGCACGCGGGUCAAGAACAACCAGAAGAAACUGAACGCGUAUAACAAGAAGAUACAGUCUAUGGCUGACAAGAAGAAUAAGCUGAAGGAACAACUGCUCGCCUUACAGAAAAAGGUCCAAGAAAUAGUCACGUUGCAAGAGAAGAGAAAGCAGUUGGAAACAGACGAGGAGAAGCUGAAUGACGAGCUGAAGGAAUUGGAAGACGGCACUACACCCCUCAAGGAGGAACUGGAAGAGAAAGAGAAAGCUAAGGCUGAGGUCGUCAAGAAGAACAGGGCUGCUCUUGAAGUUAAAAAUAGUUUUAUAACCAAAGUAGUGUCAGCUUUCGAUAAAGUGAAAACGAUAGAGGCAGAGAUCAAACAACACAUAGAAAGGAACAUUGAGAAAGAAAUGGACAAGAUAAAGGAAGCGAAUGAUAAGCUGAUGGAGAAGCAGAAACAAAUCAUGAUCGACCGCGACGCUCUCACCAAAAGGAUAGACUCUUUGAAAGAUGAGUUGGCUAAACAAGAUAUUUACAAAAACGACUUGGAUAAGAAUUCGAAGUUACGCAAAGCUCAAGAAGAGAUAGAGAAAUGCAAGGUGGCGCAACAGAAGAACGAUGAGAAUAUGAGCGGACUCAAUCGCGAGAUGCUUUCGGAAAAGGAGCCUCUCAUCACACAGCAGACUAAGAUCUUCAGGGAGAAGGCCCAGACUGAAGGGAAACUUGGCCAGCUUAAUAUCACAUUGAAACAAAACAAACUGGAAUUGAAAAAAGCCGAAGCUAAAAACAUUGAAAAGCAGUAUAAAGAAAAGUUCUUUGAGCUGCAUGUGACUAGAGCCAUAGAUAAGGAUAUUAGAGAUUACGCUGUGGCUUUGGAGAAGAGUCUUAUGGAGUUCCAUAGAGAAAAAAUGGAGAAUAUCAAUCUUAUUAUUAGAGAAAUGUGGAGAAAGAUUUAUCGUGGCAAUGAUAUAGAUUACAUUGAAAUUAAGACUGAGGGCAGUAUGACUUCAGAUUCUGAUCGGCGCAAAUACGAUUACAGAGUGGUGCAAUGCAAGAACGGCAUGGAGAUCGACAUGCGCGGGCGCUGCAGCGCGGGGCAGAAGGUGCUGGCCUGCCUCAUCAUACGCCUCGCGCUGGCGGAGACCUUCAGUGCUAGAUUCGGAAUAUUAGCACUGGACGAGCCCACAACAAAUCUAGAUCAAGAAAACAUUACAAGUCUGUGCUCGGCCCUCGGAGAAAUAGUCCAGGAGAGAAUGACCCAGAGGAACUUUAUGUUCAUCAUAAUCACACACGACAGGGAAUUUAUCGAGUCACUGGGCAACAUUGAUAAAGUCACUCACUAUUAUGAAGUUUCUAGAAACGAUGAAGGAAGAUCCCGAAUCAAGAGAAUCAGAUUCUCAUAAAUAUCUUUUAAUUUUUGAUUUCAACAAUUUUGCCAUUCCUUUUUUCUGAUGAUUUAUAGUGAAAUAGCUGUUUAAGAAGGCUGUGCCUUACAAUAACUGUGUAAUCACUACAUUAUUUUGAUUUAAGAGAAGAUACAUUUUUCAAAGUAUAAUUCAUUUUUACGUACA